GUCGGUGUUAAUGAUGCAUGCGAUCUUGGAUGCGAUGAUGAUCGACACAAUUUAGUAUCCGGUUUCUGCUUAAUUAAUGCCUUCUUUUCAAUGAUUUCAUAAUGGAGAAUCAUGAUUUGACAGGAGUAAAUGAGCAUCAGUUUUCGCUGGAUUCAUUCACCAGUGAUGAUACAGAACAUCAUGUUGACAAGUUUGGAGGGUCUGAUACAUCUUUAAUGGGAAAUGUUACUGUUUCUGUACCUGACGCAGCAGUUAUCGACACGACCGGUUUGGUAGCCUCUUUUUCUAAUGCUCAUCAGACCAUCCAAACAGACUCUCCUCUCACCUCUGGAGCUGCAUCCACCAGCAUCGGACAUGUCACCCUCUCAGAUAUCAGCUCGAACCUCCGACGGCUAUCAAGUGGGCCGGGAGGGUUGCUUACUGGUACCGUCAUCAGUCCAGAGUCUUUACGGGCGGUCACCAAUAUCUUCCAGACCCUACCGGAGAGUCUUAAUCAACAGAGGGCACUGUCUUCUGGACCUGCCGUCAUCAUUGGUGAAUCCAUGAACAGGGAGAUACAGGAGGAUGGUGAUGGACUGUCUGUUGGCAUCAAUCUGGUCGCAGGGUCGUUGGGUGCACUCAGUGAGAAGGAGGUUGUAAGGACUAGUAGUCUUGGUGAUCAGACUCAGUUAGGGAUGGAGAUCUUGGAGGUUCAAGACAACCCAUUGUCUUCUAUGCCAAGGAGUACCAAUGUGGUUUUCACUGCAAAUACCAACACAGUAAACUUAGUUGGCAAUGUAGAACUAGGACCAGGUGGUGAUGGAGAAUCUAUAAACAUCAUUGAUACCCUGCAGACAGAUGUAGAUGAUUCAGUACCAUCGUCCUCCCUCCUUGAACCUGAUUCCCAGAUACUGGUCGGUGGCAAUGACAGAGUUGUAGAACCUAACGAAGGACAAGAGAUCCCGGUCACGUGCCAGAUCCCUACUCAUGAGUUAGCAAAGCUUGUACAGACUGUUGAACAGGCCAGUAGCAAUGUAGGAGAGCUAGAUGGUAGCAAUGACUCGGUCAACCUAAUCAAUGUUGUAGGAGUACCAAGUGUUGAACUCUCCAGUACAGGUCAGCUUGUUAUCCGCCAAGGAUAUGUGGUCUGUACCCAAGAUGGAGAAAACUUGGUUGCCAUGGCACAAGAUGAUGAUGUUGCCCUAGCAACGAAUGAUGAGCCAGUGGAAUCGGUAGAACCAGUGGAGUCGGUUGAACCAGUGGAACCGGCAGAUUCUGUGACUGUUGACAUGGCAUCAGAUGUACCCUCAGCCCCAAAACCGGAAGUAGAAGAAAAAACACCUGUAGUAACCGAGAAGAAGAAAGGAAAAGGAGGCUGGCCAAAGGGAAAGAAAAGAAAGAAAAAUAUCAUUGAGAUGGCUAAAGCUCCCAGACCACCAUCAUCAGCGUACGCCAUGUUUCUUGCUGAGCAGAGAGAAGGGUUCCGUGCCAGUCACCCUGAGCUGGUCGGUCGUAAGAUUUCAUCUAGCUUGGGUAAGAUGUGGAGCGGUCUAGCAGCGGAUGUGAAGAAGAAAUACCUGGACAUGGAGAAGAAGGACAAGGAGAGAUACAUCAAAGAAAUCAAGGAAUACCAAGAAUCAUCCAGCUGUCAGGCUUUCCUCAAGAAACAAACUCAAAAUUCUGUCAGAAAUUUCACUGAAAGUGAUGAAGCGAUGAAUGAACAGGUGUCAAACAUGAGCAAGAAUGAUAUUCUGGGCUGCAAUUAUCUUCAAUGCAAAGUGUGUAAUAUGUAUUUUCACAGUGAUCAUAACAUGUCGCAGCAUUUACUUGGCAAAUAUCACAUGACCAUACUGGCUGCAAAAAUAUGUGAGAUGGACAAAGAAACCCUUGGUUUGGAUGAACUGGAAGAGAGCGGGUCCCAACCUGAGGUACCAUCAACAUCAGAUGAUUGUAAAUCAUGUGAAUGUUUCAAAGAUGGUAUGCCACAUACCGAGGGAUUCAGAUCAACAUUCAUGGAUCUACAUUUUGAGAGAGAGUUAGAGCUGAGGGAAUUAAGACGUCACCAUGCAAUCAGUAUUCAUCAACAGAUGUCAUUACGCAGGAAGUACAAGAUUUUACAGGAAACAAUGCAAAAGAUGGAGAAUGACCACCGGAAUCUGAAGGCUUUUGGUUCAAACGUCCAGUCAAAGCUUGAUGGCCUAUAUAGAAUGAUUUUAUUCUUAACGUAGCAGUACACCAAGAGGUCAGAAGCUUGUCUUCAAUGAUCUCUGGAUGAUCGUACAGCUUCAUAUAUCAGGACACGGUUGUACUACCUGCUGGCCAUGUAGCUGAGAGGGAGAGCUCACAGGAAGUUCCAACCAGUCAUUCAGUCAUCUCUUGCCGAUCAUACAGCUUCAGCUAACAGGACAAGGUUGUACUACCAACUGGCCGAGUAGAUGAAAGGAAAAGCUGAUGAAGAGGUUUAACCAGUCGUUAUUCAUCUCUCAAUGAUCGUACAGCUUCAGCUAUCAGAACACAGUUGUACUACCUGCUGGCCAUGUAGCUGAGAGGAAGAGCUGGUGAUGUGGUCCAACCAGUUGUUCAAUUAUAUCUCGAUUAUGGUACAGCUUCAGCUAUAAAGUCACGGGUGUACUACCUGCUGGCCAUGUACCUGAGAGAAAGAGCUGAUGAGGAGGUCCAACACUGGAGACUAUCGCCUAAGAAUAAUUUCUAGUCCUCCAAUGGUGUUGUUCUCUCUUGAAGACCAGGCAGUUAAUUUAGCAGUUUAGACAAACUCAUGUAAGCCUAAAGCAUAGACAUGCACUUUGGGGCCAGAACCCAAGUUAAGACAACUCUAAAUCGCUUGAGCAGUCCAGCAGAUUCAGAAUUGCCCCUCAAGAGACAUCAAAGAAGGAGACUGAAGUCCACCUUUUCUUUGUUCAACAUUUUCCAUUAAUAGGUCAGAUGUUCUAUCAUUUGUCAAGACCAAAGUAAUUAGAGCCCCUCACCCUGAAGAAGAAGACUAUAUAGUUCACCAUGUCUAGAUCCAACAUUGUCCAUCAAGGAGACGGAUGUUCUAUCCUUGGUCAAGACCAAAGCUAUUACAUCACUUCUUCCGGGCCAAGAAGAAGAUGGCUGGUGAACUUAUAUCGACCCAGGAUCUUAACUGCCUCAUCAGGUUGGUUUCUUCUGAUACCUAUGCUGCCCAACUUUCACAAAUGGGAGCAAGUAACACAUUACAGAAUUUAAGCUUUGAAUUUGUUUAAAUUUGUCCUUUUUUAUUUUCCUCAAUUAAAUAUUUCAUCAAAAAGUGCCCAUGAAAUGCUGGAAAACUACAGUGCUCAUGCGUUGAUAUCUUUGUAAAUCACAGACACCGUUUGCUCUUUUACGGGAAAUUGAACUUUUGUUCCUUGUGUCAAAGAAGUGCAAUAUAUGCCUUAUUGUGGAAUAAAGGGCAUGAUUUGCAUUUUUUUUUUGUUAGUUGGCGAUCUUCAAAUUUGAUGUUUCUUCAUACUUGUGUGGAUUUAUGCAUGGUCAUGUUUUGCAUUUGAUGAACAAAAAGGAAAAUGGUCUAGUGGUUCUGACCCAUUUCUUGCAAUCAUCAUUUCUUGCAAUCAGAAGAUUGUAGGUUUGAAUCCCAGCCACAGCUUCAAUUUCCUUCAGCAAGAAAUUCAUCCACAUCAUGCUGCACUUGACCCAGGUGAGGUAAAUGGAUAGCAGCAGGAAUGAAUUCCUAAAGAAAAACCUGGAGCCUAGCUUAGCUGGGGUAAUACAAAGUGCCUUGAGCACCUUAUAAGGUGGAUAUAUUCGCAAUAUUAAUAGCCUGAAUUAUUAUUAUCAUUAUUAUCAUUAAUAUUGAUUACCCUGACUUUGUCGACAUUAACUAAUAUUAUUUAAGUUGUUCGUUGGUGCAAUAUAUUGUAUUGCUAAGUGAUUAAACUACAUCUUCAACACCAAUAACAUUCCUUUUUAUUUCUUCUGCAUUUCCUUUAAAAAUUUCUUUAAAUGUGCCUUGAGCAACCUACUGAGUGGAUUUGGCAUUAAAGAAGUCCACAUCAUAAUUACUGUUAUAAAUAUUUCUUGAAAAGAAAUGUGCACAAAUUAGUUUAUUGCUAGUUAUUAUAAUUAUGUAUAUGUAGUGUGCAUUUUGUGCAGCUCAUACCGUGUUUACACUUAAUCGGCUUUUUCAUAGCAUGUAAACGCGAGUAACUUGCAUCGGCUCGCGGUUCAGAAUCGGCAAUUUGAACCACCAUCAAGUAGUAGGUUUUGACCUUUAGCCGAUGCAGAAUCGGCUUUUUUACUACGUGUAAACAGAAAGCCAAUUCUGCAUCGGCAAUUUGUGCGCAUUUCAUUUACUUUACCAUUUUGACAUAAUUGUAAGCACACUGAUCCAGCGUUGUUUUAUUAUGAUGUAUAUUGUUAGUGUGCGUAUCAUUUCAGGUUUUUGCAUCGGCUUGCGGUUCUGAACUGCGAGCUGUAACAACGUGUAAACGCAAACCAAAAACCAAUUCUGCAUCGGCUUUUGGUUCUGAACCAAAUGCCGAUUAAGUGUAGAUACGGUAUCAAAAUCUGAAACAUUCAGUAUAAACACAACUGAUUAGAUACAGUUCAGAAAGGUGAUUCAUAGGUUAUUUGUAAACUACGCAAAAGUUUAGGCAAGACCCAAUCCUGGGUAGUAAGUCAGAUUCUCAAUAAUUUUGAUUCACAUCAGCUACAGAUGAAAUCCGGACCCCGUCUGACAAAGAGUAACGAUUGAUCCGAUCAAUAUCAAUUUUCUGGAAAUCCAUCAUAUUUUAUUUUCCAUAGGAAAUUUGCACAUGGUCCUUUGUAAGCAAAGAAAAGCACACUGAAUUUAAAAGAAAAUGAUGGAUGUAUAAAAAUAUGUUGUAUCUAGAAAGUAACUGAACAAAUGCCUUUUACAUGUUGGCGUUGGUGGCUUACCAUAGUUGUGGUUGAUCGCAUCAAUCGCACCUCUUUGUAAGAAGGGGCCCCGAUCUUUGUAGAUUGAAAUUCUCAUUUUUAUUUUUAAACAAGCAUCUGCAUUGGAAAUUCAAUAUUUUCAAGAUUUGACUAGGUUUAUUGGAAACUCCCAUCACAUUCAAAUGGAAAAGCUCUUGUAUCUCGUUUACCACAAGAGCGGUUGCCAGUCGUACAUUGAACAUACUUUUCAAACCAGCCCCAGGUUGCAUUUGAUCUGCUACAUGGCCCAUAACACAUGGGUGAUGGUUACUGAGUAUGUGAGGGUAUGUAGGCAUCUGAGGGUGGGAGAGUGUAUAGAAAGAUAAUGGUAGUAAAUGGGGUUCGGGAAGUGGGGGAGGGGUAUGUGUUUGAAGAUCUAUGUAAGUACAUGUGUGGUUUGGGGGUCUAUGAGAGUGUAUGUGUGCGGGUGUAGAUGAAAGGGUGUCAGAAGAUUAGUGAAAGUAAAUGAGUUGGGAAGUAUGUGUAAAAUUAUGAAAUCUCUUGACUUAAAGUAUUCAGUGCAGAAAUGUCCCUCCGGUUGUAAAGUGUUGGAUUUAUUACCUGACUUCCACGCAAUCAUCAAGGCUUUGUCAUCAUGUUUUUGUAUAUUCAUCAGCUUUGGGUCCUUUUCAUUAAACCUGGUUAUGAGGAUUAAUCCCAUAGUAGAUGAGAGGUGCCUACAUUAACUUAACUCCAAGUGCAAAGUGGAGAUACGUAUUAACCUAACUCCAAGCCCUGGUUAUGAGUCUAUGGCACCUUCUGUAGGACACUGCGAUGGCUAGGGCCUGUACUAUUUGAAGUUUGUUUUGGAUUUGGCAAUUCAAACAAACCAUCUUGAGGAGAAAGCAUGUCUGGAUGUUGAUAGUUGAAUCUUUAGGUGACUUGCAGAGAUGCAUCACCCUUUCUUUGGUGCUAGAUCACGUUGAGUCUGCUCUGGUAAAUGAAAUCCGUUCUCUGAUAAUCAGAAUUUUCGCCAUGCUCAUUGUUGAUAGAAAAUUCAAUAUUUCUCCAAGCGAGCAUUGAAAAAGUUGCAUACAGAUGUUUAAAUUAAUAAUGGACAUAAAUUAUAGAGGGUUCUCAUUUAAACAAGCAAAUGAGGAAUAAACAGUCCAGAUUUCUGCAAUGAAAACUCAUUUCCUCACUAGUUGAGAGGUGAGAUGAGAAUGGAAAAAUAUGGGAUUAUGCUCAUCGUUGACUUAUGAAAUGAAUGAUAGGCCAUCACAGACAACAAUGUAGACUUGAAAUAGCACUAUGAUGCAAAUGAUCUUCAAAAUUGUAUGCAGAGAAGAUGUUACAUUAAAAAUUCUGAAUAAAAAUCUGUUAAUAAUAUCAGAUUGUUAUGCUAGCUAAUGCAAUUUUUGAUUGGUAGAAUAGUAUGGAUAUGGGUAUUAUUGCUGUCCCAAAUGUAUUAUUAUCAACACUAUUUAUUUGAUCUAUGUCAUCAGUAUUGAACUCCUUGUAGAUUUAACUUGCUGUAGGGCUGUACAAAUUAUCCCCCACUUCACAAAGAUGCGAGGAUAUGCCCCUCCCAAUUAUGCCAGUGUAUUAAAAGGAUAUUUUGUUUUAUGGUAAAAGCUAUGGCCAUAUCUAAAAUUGGUUGGAAUAAUACAAUUCAUUAAUGAACUCAUAAUUAUAACCACGCUCUCGUGAUGUAGCGGAUAUAGCCUUUGCAAAAAGCCAAAUAAAGGAGUAUAUUGUAGCCAUAAUUUUCAUGGAAAUUUUGUGGAAUUUAAAUGCAGAAUUGAGCAAUUUUGAGCACCUUGGUAACAUUUAAAGAUGCAUUCACGCAAUAAAAGGAGUA